GUGUGUUUUCCUCCUCAGAGCCAGCCGGAGAUGGAGUACUCUCUGCCCGAGCUGCAGGCUCCUCGAUCCAACGUGGCCGACAAACCCUGGCCUCAGCUCCACUCUCACACCCAGAGACCUCAUGGCGUGAGGGGACACGGAGAGAAGGGAGCAUCCAAAGCAGGAGGUAAAGGGAAGCACCCUGUCCAGCACACAGACGACCCCACAGCUGAGCACGACUUCCUCGGCUGCAUGUCAAGACGUUCGGGUCUUCCUCGGUGGAUUUUAGCGGCCUGUCUCUUCCUGUCCAUCAUGGUCAUGUUGUGGCUCAGCUGUGCCAGCCUCGUCACCGCACCAGAGCAGCACAUCAAGACGCAGCUGAGCAUCAACGGAGAUAAGGAGUUUCUGGACAAUGCCCACAAAGUCAACCCGUACCACCUGACUCCCGUGAUCGCUGUCACCGUGAAACAGUCGGAUGAGAGCCAGGAGGCGGGGCCGCUGCCGGUGAAAGUUGACCUCAACAAAACUUGUGUUUAG